CUUUUACUUUCAGGGCAGCGAUGGGUUUCAACAUUGGAGAUAUCAUAUUUAGCACCACUUAGUCUACAAAUAUCAUUACCACCAACAUAUCCUUCUACAGAUUCACCAGUAUUUACAUUGUCAUCAUCAUGGCUCAGUCCUGUACACCUUACUGCAUUGUGUCAAAACUUAGAUACAUUAUGGAAAGAGAAUGAUCAUAUGGUUAUUAUAUUCACAUGGAUAGAUUGGCUGGAAAAUAAUGUGUUAAGUUUUCUAGGAUUAGAAGAUAGUGUUAUAAUAAAACCAUUCAAUAAUGAUGAUGUAGAUGAUCCUAGAGCUUUUCCAGAAUCAGUUGAUCUAGGCCAUAAUAUAAUUUCUAUGCUACAAUAUAAUCGCCAACAAAUAGAAGUUGAAUUUUGUCGCAAUGAUCAAGAUUGUGGAGUUUGUUUUGAUAGGUUACCUGGUAAUCAUUUCUAUCGUAUUGGUAAUUGUGGUCAUCAUUAUUGUCGUGACUGUAUGUUAGAAUAUUGUCAAUUACAUGUCAGUGCUGGUACUGUUGAAUCAUUGAAAUGUCCUGAUGCAGAAUGUAAUGAUAUUAUACCACCCUAUAUAGUACAAUCUGUUUUACCACCGAUGGCCUAUGAUAGAUGGGAACGUCUUGUGCUUCAGAAAUCAUUAACUCAUAUGGAAGAUAUAGUUUGGUGUCCAAGAUGUAGUGAACCUGUUAUAAAAGAAGCUGAAGAUUCAUUAAAUUUAGCUCAUUGUGUCUUAUGUUUUUAUUCAUUUUGUACAGAGUGUGAUGAAGUGUGGCAUCAGGUAUUGAUUAUAACUGCAGAAGAUAAACUGAAAAAUUUGGAGCAGAAACCAGGAAAAGUUAAUAAUGAAGCUGAACAAAGAAGAUUUGAGGAAAUGAGAGAGAAAAUUAGGGCAGAGAUUGAAUCAGCCAGACUACUCAAGUUGAAAAUGAGGAAUUGUCCAAAAUGUAAAGCAAAAAUUGAAAAAAUAGCUGGGUGUAAUAAAAUGACUUGUCGAUGUGGCCAAUCAUUUUGCUGGUCAUGUGGUCAGACAUUAGCAGCAGGAUCAUUAGGAUAUUCUCACUUCACCAAUAGU